UCUGGGAAUUGUAGUCGUUACCCGUUUACAUUUAACACCAGCGAUCCACAAGCUGGAUGGUUGCGUUCCGGAAUCCGGGAAGUGAAGUGUUCUUCUUUCGGUUUUGUUGUUGCUGUUCAAGUGUAUUCUGAAAGUAAGAUCUCUUGUUAUCCUUAGUUGGCUGUACACAUGCAGAAUUAUUCCAGACUUCAGUCUUCACCAUCCCCCGUACUGGCAUAAAAGAGGAUCAACAUAAAAAGGAAAUGCAGUAUUGGAAUCACCAAAUGUUACAUUACCUGCUUUUUUUUUAGGCCUGUCCAGGUCUAGCACAGCUGUGUGGCCAGGCAGACCAAGCAUGUAUCACCCUUUUGGAUUUUUUGGCAUAUUUGGCAGAUGACUUUGUUCUAAAUUGAUGGAAAAUCUGUACUAUUAAAAUGGCAUUAUGCAGUGCACUCUUUUGUCCCAACUCAAACCUGUCUUCACAAGGAAAGCAAAAGACUCUCCUUCACCGAUUUCCUCCUUGUGGCUCCAGUCUUUUUCUCUUGUGGAAAGGAAUGGUUGGUCGGUCGUUAUUGCCUGAUAAUCCUCGCCUCUGCUCCUUGCAUUUUAGCAGUGAUCAGUAUAUCACACAUUGGUUAUCACCAGAAAACAUUCCUGGACUAAAAAAGUGGAAGAAGAGGAGGCGGCUAAAAAGAAAUGCAGUCCCUUCUAUUUUUUUUGACAGUGAUGGAGAUAAAUAUGAGAUGGUGCCUGUCACAGUAAAAGAGGAAACGUAUGAUGGAGAGGAUGAUUCGUUGGGCCUAUUUGCCACGUCUGUUAACAUCGAGACUUCUGAUUCACAUGCAUCAAGAAUCUCAGAAGUGUCUAAACAAAGGCAAGAGUUUCCUGUUGUGGAAAAUUCUCAUUUGAAAAGAAAACAAAAUCAAUGUUCUCUUGUUUCAAACCACAUUGAUGAAAAUCAUUCAGUAAGCGAGAAUAUGGAACUUUCACAAAUUUCAUAUCAACAAAAUGAUUGUGCAGUCACAGCUGUCCCAGAAAAUGAAAAGGAACAGAAGGACUAUAAAAGUAAAAUGUGCAACUUUUGUGGCUUAAAGUUUUGCUAUCCCUCAAACUUAGGAAGUCACCUGCGCAUUCACAAAUCAUUGCCUUUGCACUGUUCAUUCUGUAAAAAAUACUGCAGGACGCAUUGGAUUCUUAACAGACACCUACAGAAACAUGAAAAAUUGCAUUUGCAUACCCAAAAUGUGGAUUCAAAGAGGAGCCAAAUAAAGCAAUUGGUCAAAACUAGAAGAAUGCAGAAGGAUAACAUUCAUCGGACCAUCUUAGAUGGGAGACAGCCAAUUACAAAAAGGUCAAAAACAAGGCAAGAUUUGCAAAACUCUAAAACCUUUUCUGUCUUGACGACAGAAAGAAGCCAGAGUUCAUUGGCAUUUCAAAGCUAUGAAGAUGCUGAGAUUAUGGAUAAUGAGUCUUGUCAGGAGAAUGAUCACAGACCUGGUGUUCUUCCAAAUGUUGCUAAAGAUAAAGUUGUUGGCAAGAAUUAUUUAUGUAACUUCUGUGGGCUGAGCUUUUUUUACCCUCACAAUUUGGGAAGUCAUUUGCGCAUUCAUCAUUCUCAGUCUUUGCAAUGUUCUCAUUGUAGAGAACAGUGCAGAACACACUGGCUUCUUAACAAACACCUGUACAAACAUCGGUCUGGUACUUCAGGAUUGCUGUCCCAUGUCCGGGAGGAGUCCAAUCAGAGCAUACUAAAUAAGUCAAGCCAGUCAUCCAGCAUUCUAGGAUUUAGAUGUAAGGUGUGUGAUAAGAGCUUUGCAAGCAAGUUUUGGUUAGGAAUGCAUUCUCAAAUUCAUCUGCCAAGUUGGUACAAAGCACAGAAAAGCAUUCAUAUCAGGAGGAAACAGGUCAAAUCCAAACCAUUAAAAACUGAUAAUCCACUACCUCUUACUGCCAUUCUCAGUGGCAGCCUCACAGUGUAUAGCGGUAUGCAUGUUUUUAACCCUUUUAGCCUACUGCCAAAACGGAAAAGCCAGCAAGAGACAUUGUGUGUGUCUUCUGUGUCCUCUGACAGUCAGUCUGAAAGCAGUAAGAAGUUUGCUGAUGCCAAGAGGGAUCUAGUCUCAUCAAAGCAAGAAAACAUCAAUCCAUUGAGCAAGACACCAAAGUACUCCACAACUCUUGACGGUAAUAUGUCAAGCAUGCUUAAAUCAGUGGGGCAAACUUCAGUAGCUAGUGAUCACUCUUUUUCCAACCUGAAUGAAAGUACUGAUCCAGUAUUAAUAAAUUGCCAGAAUACUGUAGAAAGAACUGAUGAAGUCUUGCUUUCUAAAGAGAAGCUCAUUCUUCUGCCCACAGACUCUGCUUUACUGAAUAGUACUGGUCAAAUACAAACUGAAAGCAAUCAAACUGGUUUUGUAAAAAAGGCCUAUAUAUUUCAGCCACUCUCGGAAGUAAGAAAAAGUAUAGUGAUCAACAGAAAAAACCCAGAGGAGCAAAGAAAAAUCCCAACAGUUGCCACAAAAGCCUUUGAGGAGCGCCAAGAUGGUAUUUUGUCCUUGUUUAGUGACCUUAGCAAGAAUGUGAAUCUGCAAUCAUCCAAUUCAGGAGCAAGACCAAAAAAGUGUAAUUUAUCAGAAUCCUUGGCAUCAGAAAACCAAAAACCGCCACGGAAAAAGUCACUAGGCAAACCUCAAUGCCAGCAGUGUGGUGCUCUAUUCACUCGGUUUUAUUCCUUAAAGAGACACUUGAGGUCUAAACACAAUAGUGCCAAGGAAGGUUUUUCCAAGAGUGCCAAGUCUUUUGCCUGCCAAUUUAAUAUACUCUGGAAAGAAAUGCAUAACAUUAAAAGUUCUCCUUCUCCCAGUUACUCCAAGACUUUGCAAACCUGCAAAAGCACAAAGAAAGCUGCCAAACGAGCAAAAUUCCACUACAGUGUUCCUAUUGGUAGAAUUUCAGCAGAGGUGGCUCCUAAAAGAUGAAAAGCUUUGUUUGAUGAAAGAAAAAAUGAGUGUUGGGUUUCAUCCCCAUUGACUGAUGUCACACACGUGCGCAUGAGAGGCAGCUAAAGGGCUUAAGUAAGGGCAAUUCCAAAUCAGACCAGGAUGUGACAGAGUGCACAGACUCUUUUUUUUUUUUUUUUUCCUCCCUUUCCUGCAGACCAUUCAUGGGAGAUUCCACCUGGCCCUCUUGACAUCACUUCUGGGUCUGACCCUAUGGAAGAAGACCUUGCCGGCUCUGGCCCCUGUGAUGUCACGUCCGGGCUCGAGCCUAUGGUUGAAGACCCUCAUGAGCCCAACCCCUUUGAUGUCACUUCCUGUCUUCCCCUUUAAAAGCCUGCACCUUUUCCCUAUUCCCUCAGUUCUGUUUUGGACUCGGUUUUGUGCACAGCAGUGCUAUCAUUUAAACUUCAAUUUGCAGCCAGGAAACCAAAUAUAUAGGUGGCUGCCCCAAACCGUGUGCUAUGGCUCUUUGUGGAGUCUGUGACACUGAAAAUGCAAAACUACUUAAGAACUAGACAUGCCUUUUAAAAGGUUUGUAUCCUUCUGAAAAGGAGGGCAAAAUGUCUUUUAGCUUGGUCCAGAGACUUUUAAUGUUUUCAUGACUGCCUCUCUCAUGCUAAGAAAAAAGCAAAAAAAAAAACAAACCUUGGCAUCACCGUGUAAGUGAAGUUGAUUGUCAUUGUAAUAAUACUUGUUGUGUGUGUGUUUUUUUCUUUUUUUUUUCUCUUUAAUUUGCUGGAAAAGUCAUUUUAUCACACAUUUUGUACAAGAUGUACUGAAGCAUAAAUUGGAUAUGAAAAUUUCUCAGUAAUAUAGAAGGUGAAAGUUACCAUCUGUGUACUUUUGAUAAAAUUGUUAUUUAACUUUGAUAACUCUGCCUCCAUGAAGAACAGUCAGUUAAUAUGCCACCCAUUUGGCAUUUCAAGUGAAAUUUUAUUUGUCUCAUGUAAAUUAUACAUAGAGUACAAUAUGCAGUGAAAUGAUUUUAUCAUGUUAUUAAAAGUAAUUUUAGUUAAUAACCAAACUUGUAAUAAGCUCAUGGAUAAAGCUGCAUUUUGUUUGGUGACAUUUCAGUACAGAAACCAUUAAUCGGGUUAUUGGCUAAUAAUGGCAAUUACUUUAUUAAAAUUCUACCUUCCUGUAUUCUCUUUUAAUAGAAUGUGCAGAAACCUCACAGCCAAUGACUUUUGGCACUAUAGCAAAACUUGUUUUAUUCAUCUACUUAGAAGGAAACAGUUAAUAAAGAACUAAAUCAUUUUCAGAGCUUCAAGAAAAAAAAUGUGGGUCUAACUACUAAUCCAUCUAUUAAUUUUUUUAAACUUGCCAUAUUCAAUUUUAAGGUUGAGGAAAUCUGUAGUCUGUCCUAGAAUUCGCAGGUGCAAGGCUGGAAACAGUCAUAAACCAGAAGAAGGUUAACAAGCACACCUUUGGAAUACGAAAGGUAAAUUAUUCUUUUUAGAAAUUUUCAUCAAACUUUGGGAGGACACCCAAAGUCGGCCCAAACGGAGACCGUACUAGAGGUCAGAGACAGACUUCUGGAGCUUUGAAGCAUUACUGCUAGCCACUACGCUGCUGUGCUAAUAGGUUAGAUUAGAUAAGAUAAACUUAAUACUACCCUGAACCUAAUAAAAAAUCAAACCAUAUAUAGUGCCCAUCAUUUGGUAAAACUUGCUUGUUCAAUAGCAGGCUCUGUUUAAUGGAUAAGUAGCCAGGAUAUUGUUGGCACCUGUACUUUGUUGAAGAUUUACUGUUGGAUUCUGAAAAACAGGGAAUUUGUAGGAAAAAAUAUAUUUUAUAAUGUGAAACAGUCUAAUUUGAGUCUGUCUAAAUAGCUGUAACUUUUAUUAUACAGUGUUGAUAAAAAAAAACGGGGCCACUGAUAUAUUUCUGUAUCUCUUACAGUACUACAAGUACUGUUCUUGGGCUUUAUUUUAUUACAUAACAUUUUGAUAUGUCAUAAUGUGUAGAUCAGUGAUAGCAUCAUGAAAGGCUAAAACUGUAUUUUUGUAUACUCCAUUAGAAUGUUAAAAUAUAAUGUUAAGUGAUUGCACACACUAAUUCUACCUAAAACUCCAAAGAUGUUCCUUAUUUUAGUUUGUUUUACAAGAGUAAUGAAUCUUCUCACGGCGUAAACUUGUGGUCAUUUUUUCCUGCUUCAAGUGAAUCACAGUAUGAUAAAAUCACUUAGUAGGGACUGAAUGUAGCACCUUAAAUCUUUUAAAACACUGUAUGGUAUAUGCAGUGAAAAUUGAUCUGCAAAUACAUAUAGUAACUGCUGAAUUAUCAGAGAAGUAAUGAUGGUGUAAUUUACACAUGGAAGUUUUUAAAAAGUUUGCUGUAUUUGUACUGGAAAAUGUAUUUCUAAAUAAUCAUACUGUACUUUAAAAACUUCAUCUGGAAUAUAUAUAUUUGUAUGUAAAAUAAAUGGUAUAAUAUAUGGUUAAUAAAAUGUAACUCAUAGUACCAAGUCUUUAAACUUUUUUAUUAGGGCCAUGUUUGAUUGAUACAUGGCUACCUAAGUUCUAAAACAUAAAACCGCUAUGAGCACUUUCAGACAAAAUGCAGGAUUGUGACCAAGGCAAUAUUUUAUGAAGUUUAGUAGAUGAUUCAUCAGAUCUGGCCAUUUUAUUCAGCAUUACUACUACUGGAAUAGAUAGGAUUAUAUUUGUUAGCUACAAUAAUAUUCUACAGUAAAUGCCUUUUGAAUGUUGUUACUCGGUAUGUCCUCUUACAUAUUCUCAAAACCCUGAAAAAUAACUAAAUGCAAUUACAUUAAUAAAACCUA